CUCUCGCUGAUUGAUCAAUAUCUGACCUAAAUUCCAUAUUUCCAGAAUAUUAACCAAUCGCCUGAUGUUUCAUAUAUUUGUUUUGAUAUGUAUAAUCCGGGGAAUCUGCAUCGUAAAAUGGACGAAAGUGUAAAUAUUGGAAUUACAACAGCAAAAAAUAACGAGGAAAACACUGUUAUCUCAAACAAACAAAAUGUAACAUUAACUCCACAGGAUAAAGUAAAAGUUUCUUCACAAAGUGACAAUAAUGUCACGGCGUCUAUGCCGAAAGAUAGGUUAGAAAACAUUAGAAAUUUUCCCGGUUUCCAUAACACGCUGGUCGGUAUGAACACAGACCAACACAUGGAACCACCAAAGGCCAAGCGUCUAAAACUCUCACCGGCUAAUGGAUCAGUGACUGUGUCGGACGCGAAUGAAACUGCUGAGAUUGGGAAACGACGGCGUAUACAACAUGAUUAUAGGAGGCUGUCUAGCUCGGGAUAUUUGGAUGAUUACGAGACCAGUAGCCUGUGUAGGGAGAGACGGUUUUCAUCCGAUUCUGAUGCAACUUCAAGUUCACCCAGUCCAAACAAAACAAAAGUUACAACUCCACCAGUUGUCACGAAAGAAGCUGAAAAUCCUGGAAUGCCACCUGUUAAACUUACUCUCAAACUCUCUAAGACAGAAAAUGGAAUGUUUAUAAAUGGCAAUGUGUCAACACAAGUUAUGAAGGAUGAGUCAGAAAAGCAUCCCAAGAGACACAGAUCUUCAGAAAAUGGUCACCACCAUCAUCACCAUCACCAUAAAGACAAGAGUCACCAUCACAGUAAACAUUCCCAUAAAAAGACAGACAAACACAAGUCAAACAGUUCAGAUAAUUCUAAAUCACAAGGAAAAUCUUCAGAACAGAAAGAGGAAGAAAAAAUGAAAGAUGAUAAUAAAACUGUAUCAAAGAAACCACAAGAAUCAAAUAAGGACAAAAAUAAUCCUAACACAAGUGUGAAGGAGAACUGUAAAAACGAUGAAAAACAUGCAGGUUCCGUGAAAAUGAAAGAAGACAAAGCAGAUAAAAAAUUGGAUGGUAAUGUUAGUGUAAGUGAAGGUAAGAAGGUUGAUCUUACAGAGAAUGGACAGGAGAAGAUUGAUACAAGUGCUAAGAAACAUGAUGUUAAAGAAAUUCCAACUCAGACUAAGCAUUUCACGGGAAUUGAAAACAGUAAAACAGUUAACCCUGAAAAUGCUAAUGAGAUCAGUACCAAAACAGAUACUGACAAAAAUGAUGUUGGCAAAAUAAAGGAUGAUAACAAGAUAAAUGGAAAACUGAAAUCUGGAAGUAAUCCAGUCUCAAAUGGAGAAAAAGAAAACACACCAAAUGAAGAAAAUGUUGUUAAAGAAAAUCACAAAGACUGUGUUGUUAGAGAAAAUCAUAAAGAGGAUGUUGUAAAAGAAAAUCAGAAAGAAGAUGGAGUAAAAGAAAUUCAGAAAGAGGGUGGUGUAAAAGAAAAUCAGAAAGACAGUGUUGUAAAAGAAAGUCAUAAAGAUAGUGUUGUGAAAGAAAAUCGUAAAGACGGUGUUGUCAAAGAAAACAGUUCGAACAAUAAAGCAUCUGAUCAUAGUACAUCUCAUAGAUCAAAACAUCACAAGCAUCAACAUAGAGAUAAAAGUGGAUCAAAGCCAUCAUCAAGUAGUGACAGUAAGUCUCACAGACAUGAUCAUCACAGAAGCGAAAGUAAAUCGGAUCACUCUCAUAAAAAAUCUAGUUCAGAUCAUUCACAGAAAACAAGUUCUGAUCAUUCACAGAAAUCAAUAACAUGUAAUUCCCACAAAACAGUUUCUGGUACUCCUCAAAAAUCAGAAUUCCGAUCAAAAUCUGAGCAUGUACAUAGAACUGUUUCAAAAGAGAGCACUGAUGUUUCUCAGCAAAAAGACGCAAAGUCUGCUCCUAAAGACUCGCAGAAGUCAGAAACAGUGGGAAAAUCGGAAUCGUCAUCUACAGACAAACCCAGAAGUCAUCACAGGAAAAAACGCAUUGUUAAUUGCGGUGUUCAGGUAAAUCUUAGAAAAAAGACUGAUACCAAAUCUGCUCAAGUUCCAGAAGAUAUCGGAGGAGCAUCGUCAAGCAAAUCCGUUGAGUCUCAAAAAAUAUCUGAAAAGAAAUUACAAAGGAUUGCUUAUGUACAACAAAGUAUGACCAGUGUUCAGAAAGGUGGAAAACACUCCAAGCCAACACCGAGGACUGGACUGGAAGAUCACAGGGAACCAAAGGAGCAGAAUUCCAGUCAGGUCUCGUCAGAGUUUUCCGCUGAAUCUCAGGGCAAUAAAUUGUGGAAAGCAGAGGUUUCAAGUAUUGGCAAGUACAAAUACAAAAAUCUGAUGCAUGUUGAAAGAUACAGUAAUGGUGGUGGGCUUAUACUUCAUGCAUACCAAAAUGAAGUUGAUAAACUCAGUGAUACGGAAAAAGUUGAAUUUGCUAAGGAGUUUAUGGACUUCACAUAUGGAGAACCUAAUGAAGGUGUUGCUAACUGUUGUAUAUCAGUUGUCCAUGGAGCUAUCAGUCAUAUGCCAGAUUUUAUAGAACACUUUGCUGACACUUACCCAAAUCUCACAAUAAAAGCAGGUGUUCUUGGCAAAAGUGAUAUAGAGACAAUGACUUUUGAGAAGUACAGAGAACAGCUACAUAAGAGUUUCUCCGCAGGAACAUUUCGUUGUGGGCCUUUGUUACAAGUGAGUGUCGUAGGAACAGCACAAGAGGAAGUUGGGGACUACUUCCCAGAAGUCCUAGAUAUGUUUGAGAGUGAUCCAUUCCUAAACCUUGUAAUGCCAUGGGGAGAAUUGUCUUCAGUAAGAAUGGCAUCUCGGAACAUGAGUAAUGAUGGGCCUAUAUUGUGGACAAGGCCUGGAGAACAGCUAAUACCUACAGCUGAUAUGCCUAAAUCUCCUUUUAAGAGAAAGAGGGGAAUGAAUGAGUUGAAGAACCUUCAGUAUUUACCGAGAUCUUCUGAACCGAGGGAAACAAUGGUGGAGGAUCGAACCCGUUGCCAUGCCGACCAUGUUGGUCAUGGCUUUGACAGGCACACUACUGCUGCUGUGGGAAUGCUUAAGGCUAUCACAUGCGGAAAAAAACCAGAAGAAGACCGUAUUGUGAAAGAUGUGAUCUGCUUUAAUCCAGGUGACUUUAUGCAGCUGGUGGACAAAUUACAACUUGAUCUCCAUGAACCUCCCGUCUCACAGUGUGUGACCUGGGUUGAAGAUGCUAAGCUGAACUAUCUACACAGGGAGGGUGUGAGGUAUGCCAGAAUACAGCUGCGAGACAAUGACAUCUACUUCAUACCUCGCAAUGUCAUCCACCAGUUCAAAACUGUCUCUGCAGUGACCAGUGUUGCUUGGCAUGUCCGGUUGAAGAAUUACUACCCGGAGAUAGAAAAUGACACAGAACUGCUUGAAGAGCAUCAGAGACUAGAGCAAGUUAUGGCAGAAAGUCGAAUCAGGGAGAAAGAGGAAAGAAUAAGAAAGGAGAAAGAGAAGAGAGAGGCAGCAAUAUUGGCGAAAGAGAAACGUCUAGAGAGAAUGAAAGCUAAACUUGAAGAGGAGUCACCGUUAAAGAAACAAAAGGUGGAGAAGACUCCCAUCAAACAAGAACCAAAAGUAAAAUUCCUGGAUGAAGUUAAAACAGAGCAAGCGCAGGUUAAGGCAUUUAAUGAAAAGGUAGUUAGUGUUACCAAUGAUGCGAAACUGAAGGAAACAUGUAUUUCAGAUAGAAAUAUUUUUACUGAUGCAGUGUUGACAGGGGAAGUAACUCCAAAGAAACAGACUAUUCUUGUGAAAACCGAAUCUGUAGACAAAGAUCUGAAGGUGGAGGAACAUGCUAAAAGUGCUGAAUUUAUGAGAAUACAAAAACAACAUGAAAUUAAAGAAUUGAUCAAGCAGAGGGCACCAAACAUACAGAAAUUAUCUGACAGUCAUCAAGAGAAGGAAACUAAGCCAGGCACCGGUGAUACAUCAGUCAGUCAGACUUCAUCAGAGAUCAGCAAACCAUCCGAGCCAUCAAUGCACAUUGAACCAAUCAACAUUGAGACAGCCGAGCCAUCCAUGCACACAGAACCUAUCAAAACAGAGGCAGCUAAGGCACAGGAAUCUCUGAGCAAUGAAACUAAAGCUACUGAUGUAGCAGACGAUAUUGAAAUAACUGCAGCUAAAAAUAAUUCACAAAAUGAGAAAAUGAUCAAAGAGGAUGUUCUUUCUGAUGAUCAUGUGACCAAAAAUGGCAACCCAGUUACUGAAGCAGUUGCUGGGUUACCAGUUACAGUGCCACCUAGUGUUGAUUCAGUAGACAACAAGGGUGAUCAUCAGCUUUUGGAUUCUCAGACAGAAGAGAAUACUACAAAUACUGCCACCACAUGGACAGGGGAGGUACUGGAAACAAGGGAGGCAAUUGAAACAGGGGAGGUAAUUGAAACAGGGGAGGUUACAGAAAUACAACCAAUGGACACUACCUAGAUAAAGCAGAAAUAUUUCUUCAUUGCAUCAUUAUUUGAUAGAACAUUUUGUGAAUAUUUAUAAAUAUUGUAAGUUUUUCUUUUUUUGAUGCCUUAUUUGUUAAAUAUUGUUAAGUGAUACAAUUUUUUUUCUAUGUUGUAUAUAGUUGUUUUUUUUGGCAAAAGAAGUACAGAAAACUUUUUUUAAGACAAGACUUUUAGUCCUACUUUUGAAGCAGAAAAUGCAGCUUUAAUACGUUUUUGUUCACAUAGGGUAUUAUACAUGCAAAAGUACAGUCCUUUAUGUAUAUUUUCAAAAUUUCUAAAAGCAAAUUGAUAACUGUAUGUUGGAAAUCAUGUCAUUACCAUUUCAAUUAUUUAUAGCAUUUUCAUAUCUAUUGAAUAUCACAUUGAGCUCUGUUGCUGCCAAUUUGAAAAUACCUGUAAUCUUAAUACAACAUUCGAAACACAAUUAAGAUAUAGUUUCAAUUAAAUGACUGAUCUGUAUUGUGCUAAUGCCUGCUACCAGGCAAGCAAUUUUGUUACUUUUUCAUCCACCUUUUCCGUAACAAGGUUUUCCCUGUAUUUACAUUAAGUGUAAGACAAUACCAUUGAUAUUACACAUCAUUCUAAAGAAACUGAAUGCAGUAACAGGAACUUUUUAAACUUUCAAAAUAUUUCGAUAAGUUUUGAACUCUUCAUAAAAAUGUUGAUGGUGGUAUUGUAAAUUUCAGCCAUUUUUACACCAGCUAUUCUUUUGACUUAAUUCUUUCAGAAUGAUAUAUAGUAUAUGUAUAUAUAUAUGGACCUUGAUUUGUAUGUUAAAGCUGCAAUUUGUUAAAAAACAUGUUACAGAUUAGGUAGAUAGAUUCAUAAAUAGGCUUUGAUAGAAUAACAGCACAUAUGUGCCCAUACAGCAGUCUGACAUUUCUGUUCUUUUGUUGUUGACACGAAGGUCUUAAGAUAUUUGAUUACAACUGCAUACUGGGUGUUCAGUAAACAUAAACUUCGGCUUUCUAAUAGACCAGAGAAAGGUCCAUGUUGACUUUUUUGCUCCAUGUCGAGUUUUCAUAAAGAUUUGUUAGUACAGUUGAAACUCGGUAUCUCGAAUUCCAAGGGAUCGAGAGGUUUACUUUGGGAUAACUGAAAUUCCACUUUAAAUGAUAGUACGUUCAUGUGUUUUUGGAAUUGAACUUGAAAAUGUCUUCGAGGUAGCCGGAAUUUGGAGAUAAUGGAGUUGGAGGUAUCAAGUUUAAACAGUAUUUGUUUAAAUAGCCAUGCCUCCAGGUUUACUUCACACUAUACAGUGUUAGGGAAGUUAAUAAAGUAUCAACGUUCAUGGAAAGUAAUGAUUAAGUUGAUAAUAUUUUCAGUAUUAUAUAAUGUAAAGCUAAAGAUCUUCAAUUUUACAUCAGAUUUUGAAAAUGUGCAUAUUGCAGAAGAUACCGUUUUAUGAUAAUUCAUGGACAAUACGUGUGUUUUUUAAGACUGGGUUUAGCUAUAAAUCUUGUAUAGGUUUUGAGGUCAGUCGUUUACUAAAUUUAAGACAAGAUAAAUAAAAAUUAGGCUUGAUGUCUGUUGCUAAAAAAACUGGUUGCUUUUCGUACAAAAAUUUGUAAAUAUAUCAGAUCUGAAACUACAGCAAAAUCUUAUUGAAACCUUAUGAAAACCAGAUGUUAUCUCAUUUAUGGAUCAAGAUACUUCCUUAAAGUUUGCUCUUAACUGAACAAUUCAUGAGGAAAAUCCCAAGUUAAGAUUCUGUUGUUUAUCCAUUGUUUACAGUUAAUAUCAGUGGUUUGAAAUAUUUCAUAAUCAUGACUUUGGGUCUGCUGUAUUUGUAAGAAGUGUUUGCAGAAAGUGUUUUAUAUGCAAAAAGACAGCUUUAAGUCAAGGAGAAAUCUUUGAAAUUUCUUUUUAUGCUGCACCCCUCACUGUUUGGUUUGUUAUAUGUUUUAGCCUACAGUAGUCAGACAAUGGAAGAUUGCCUUUGGUCAGUAGAUUAACCCUGUAAUUUUGGUGGUCAGAGGUCGGAUUCUCAAUGGUCUUGUUUUUCAUGUCCUUAGGUCAAAGGUGAAGGUGAAAGCAUAACUGAGUGAAAAUUACCACCCAGUUACAUCUGACAGUUCAUUGUAAGGGGCAGAUAAGUUUUACAAACACACUGUUUAAUUUUAUUGUGCUGAGCUGAGAUAAAACAUUUUAAGCUCGACUAUUCAAAGAAUAGGUAGAGCUAUUGGACUCGCCCGUGCGUCAGCGUCUGCGUCGGCGUCACGAUUUGGUUAAGUUUUUGUAUGUAAGCUGGUAUCUCAGUAACCUCUAGUGGGAAUGGAUUGAAACUUAACUCACUUAUUUACUGUGAUAAACUGACUUACACUGCACAGGUUCCAUAACUCUAUUUUGCUUUUUUACAAAAUUAUGCCCCUUUUUUGACUUAGAAAUUUUUGGUUAAGGUUUUGUAUGUAAGCUGGUAUCUCAGAACCCACUAAUGGGAAUGGAUUGAAACUUCACACACUUGUUCAAUGUCAUGAUCUGACAUGCACUACGCAGGUCCCAUAACUCUACUUUGCAUUUUUCAAAAUUAUGCACCUUUUUCGACUUUUUGGUUAAGUUUUUGUAUGUAAGCUAGUAUCUCAGUACCCACUAAUUGGAAUGGAUUGAAACUUCACACACUCAUUCACUGUCAUGAUAUGACAUGCAAUGCAUAGGUCCCAUAACUCUACUUUGCAUUUUUACAAAAUUAUGUCCCUUUUUCAACUUAGCAGUUUUUGGUUAAGUUUUUGUAUGUAAGCUGAUAUCUCAGUAUCCACUUAUGUGAAUGGAUUGAAACUUCACACACUUGUGCAUUGUUAUGAGCUGAUAAGCACUGUGCAGGUUCCAUAACCCUGUUUUGCAUUUUUACAAAAUUAUGCCCCUUUUUCGACUUCUAUAUUCAUUCAAUUGACAGGGCUGUUGAAUAGUCGAGCGUUGCUGUCCUCCAACAGCUCUUGUUUGUUAUGGAAUUACCUAAACAUUGCUAUUUACUGCUUGUUUUUAUCACAUAAUUUUCAAUAUCCAGUCUAUACUAGUAUAUGAUAUCUGAACUUCUUUGUACAUCUGUUUUGUUCAAACCUUGGUAUAUUUGAUGUGACCAAGUUAGCUCUGUUGCAGUCAAAAAAGUAUCACAGGAAAUAAAUGUCAUUUUUUCAUUUUGUUUGAUAAAGGUAACAGUCUGUGGUCAUACAGGUUUCUCAGUUAUGUAAGGGUGACACUUCAGUUAAGACUAAAGGUUAUGAAUUUAACACAUUUUCAUCAGUAAGGGUAACUGGGUUCGGUCAUUGGCAUUUGGAGCUGAAACAUGGUAAUUUCCAGUCACAUGUUUGGUAUAGUAUGCAUUAUUUAUCCAAUACUGCAACAAGUCCUAAGUUUUCACCUUCCUUUAUCAGCUGAAAAUCACAAGUGUAUAGGUGUGCCAUGCACCAGGAACUUUCUGUUACCAUGGCGAUGUGUGAUGCUAGAAUGACCACUAAAAUUUUAAUCAAGACGUAAUGCUAUGCCUACAAAGGCAGACAAUUGACUAUUGAUACUGACAAGAGCAGGUGCUGAAGAUGAUCAUCUUCAGUGGUGUAAACUUGAGUGUUACUUUUGUGACAAAAAAGGUGUCUCUAUAACCACAAUUGAGACAUUACCUUUAUGACCACAAAUGAGAGGUGUGGUUAUCUUUAUGACCACAAAUGAGAUGGUGUUACUUUUGUGACCAUAAAUGAGAGGUGGUGUUUCUUCUGUGACAACAUAAUGUGUUGCCUUUUUGUCUGGUGAUACCCAAAAUUGUCCUUGAUAGUUGCCACAUGGUCUGUUGUGCUUGAAUGAUUUAAAAGUAUAUGGAUAUUUCUUUAUGCUUAAAUGUCUAUGCAGACUGAUGUUCAGAGAACAUUGAAAUUAUAAGAACAUAGUCUUUUGGUUCUAUUUCUGUAUGUAAACUGUUUAAUGUCCUAUGGUCUUACUAUUGGAUGUAAAUAAUUGACCAUCGUCUGGUCUUACUACUGGAUGUAAACAAGUGGUCAUCUUCUGUUUCUACUACUGGAUAUAAAUGAUUGGUUGUCUUCGGAAGUUUUGACUGCACAACAUUUUUAUGAUGACAGAGUUAAGUGCCCUUGGAUUUAUGACAUUCUUUUGUCUUCUGACAAAGCAGUAUUGUAAAGGGUUUCAAUUGCUUCCAGUGAUAGGCCAGGUUUUUAUGAGAAACUGCACCUGUAUAAGCAAAUCUUUGUGCUUCUUGAUUUGGAACCUGGCGUCAUGGUUCUUACCUUGGUGUCUUAGUUGUGAACCCGGUGUAAAUGGGUUUUAAAUAGAGAUAUUCCAGUUUUAUUGCCGUGUCAGGCAGAUUGUUCUUUGUGAUGCCAUUCAUCCUGUCCAACUGAUUCAUGGGAAAGUUUGGAAGUUACACAGAAUUUAGUCAGUACUGGUACAAAAUCCAGAAAAAAACUAGGUAAAUACUUAACUACACGACAGAAAUAUUGUUGAAAACAGCAGGAGACUCAAUCUGUACAAAUAUCAUACAAACUGUUAAAAACUUUGUGUUAUUUCAGUUCAAGUGCUUUACAUCAAGUACCAAAUAUCUGCACUGUAUAUAUUUUCUUUUACCAAACUCUUCAGUAAAUAUGUGCUCACCAAAAGCUUGAGCUAUUGUGAUUGUGAUUUUGUUCAGAUUGACUGACUUCUCCCAAGUAGUUGCUGUUAUAUUAUAAUCUCCUGUUGAAAUAUUCAAACAAAUACUGUGAAAUCAUUUAGUUCAUUGAGGGACCUAUGUGGCUGAAUGGUUAAGGCCGCUGACUUCAAAUCACUUGCCCCUCGAGUUAGAGCCUUGUUUGGGACGUAGAAUUCUUCAUGUGAGGAAGCCAUCAGGCUAGCUUAAAGAAAGUUGGUGGUUCUACCCAGGUGCUCGCCUGUGAUUAAAUAAUGCCCAGAGGGGCACAUGGGAUCUUCCUCCACCAUAAAUAGCUGCAAAGUCGCCAUAUGAGCCAUAUACCCAACAAAAAAUUUAAUUCAUAUGCAUGAAAUCUUGCAUUUUUGGUCAUAUGUGCUAUUCCAUGGGGUUAUGAAUUCAAGGAUUUCCUUUAGUGUAGAAUAAAUGGGAAUUUUGUCUGUUUGUUGAGACUUUUUUUAUUGAUUGAACCACAAGUUCCCCCCAUGAAUAUAAAUGAUUUCACAGUGAAAUGGCUAAGGUUUACAAGCUCUGCUGUUUGUCAGUUUCAGGCAAAAAUAGUUACAUUUUGUACAACAAAUGUGGACAUUUUAUACAACAAACAUGAACAUUUUAUUUUACAAUAAUGGCUUUUUUUUUUUAAAUUUCAUAUCAAAACAGCAUAAAGAUGGAAAAAAAUUAUGUCUAUGGGUUAAGUGAUAGAUUUUUGGUUUAUUUGAGUCUUGAUGUAACUUUUAAUUGUUUUUAUCCUGUUGCCAUGGUAACUGUGAGAGUAAUUGUUGAUGUUAAAUAAAGCUGAAUGAUGGGAAAUUGUU